CCGAGGCUCACCAGCCGCAGGCAUGGCUCUGUUUGUGGACUCAGAGUCCGCUUUAAUCAAACCCACCCAGCAGAAGGACCUGGUGGGUCUCAAGGUGUUGUUUGGAGAUCAGGAACCCUGCAGAGAUGGUGGAAGCGCGUGCUCUCCAGAGCCGGACAAGUGCUCCAGUUUGAUGGAAGGUCAGAGGAAAAGGAAGAGGACCAUCUUCAGUCGAGCCCAGCUGUCAGAGCUGGAGCAGGCCUUCGCUGUGACUCCGUAUCCAGACAUCACGCUGAGGGAGAGGCUGGCUGCUCACACACACCUGCCCGAGAGCAAGAUCCAGGUCUGGUUCCAAAACAGAAGAGCCAGAAGUAUCAAGAUGGGUAGACUGCCUAAAUCCAUCAAAUCUGAGAUGGGAGUGGGGGGGUUUGCAGUACCCUGUCCUGGACCCGGGCCCUCCCCGUACCCAGCAACCACCACUCUAGUAGACAUAUUCAGGCAAGACAAGAACCACUCGUGUGAAGAAGUGCCCCACCUUUACUCCGACUGGAUCCAACUCUACAGCAGCCCGGCACCGUCCACACCCCCGCUGUCCUCCUGCCUUCAGCAGCCUCCUCAGAAGCUGCUCAAGAGUUGCUCCAAACCUUCAGACUCUUGUCUCUGGGAGGGAGAGCACCACAGGCAGCAGCACCUGGGGCCCGCCAUCACCAGCUUCAUCACUGGUUCGUUUCCUCAGCCCCCCCACCCUGCCUCCAGUCGCUCCUACCAGGUCUUCACAGACUUUAAGCCCCCGAGUCUCGCCGCAUCUGGGAACCAUCAGCUCACGUAUGGACCAACUGGGGGUAACGGUUCGGCGGAGCAGGCCGCUCCUCCCCACGCUCAGCAAACAUACUGGGAGCUGACUCCAGGACAGGGUCACCGCCAUCAUCAUCAUCAUCAUCAUCAUCAUCGCCCGCAGAUGGGAGCACAGACCUCCAUGGGAUACAUUUCAGAUUUGAUCUACAACGCUGCCAUCGUCACCAACUUCUUAGAGUUGUGAUUAUUUACAACGAGCAACAAGAGCUCAGAUGAAACUUCUCACCAGCUUCCCGUCUCCGUCCUGAUUUCCUGGAGAUGACUUUACGACAGAUCCACCUCGGAGGUUGUCCUUUCUGUUGUUUACUCUUUAUUUAGUUUGUGUCUGUUUCUGAGGAUGAGUGACGAAGCGCUCCCUCUUUCCCGAGUGUUUUAGCGGUCUAGACUUGAACGUAUUUACUUAUGGAACAGGUGAUGAAUGCAUGAUUAAACACCUCAUGAACGAC